AUGGAGACGGCUGAAUUGGGCCUGAACAUCUUCCAAGUCAUCCAAAAUGAGCUCAUCCAGCGCGAAGGCAAUCGCUCUACACUAGGGCUGGGUUUCCGCCUGUCCAUCAUCGAAGACAGGCUCAAAAACCAAGAUGCGAGGAUCAAGAAUGGUUUGAUCUGGAGACCUUAUCACGCCAUUGCUCCCAUUUCUGCGCCCACCCCAGAGGCGAGAGCCAUUGUCGAAGCACAAAGGAAACGGCUGUUGGAGCGGAAAGGGGCCAAACCGACAAAAGAUGACAAGGACCCGACGAUGCAUGUCCGAGAUGACGAGCUUUGGGCGGUCCAUCGCCACUUUCCGAAGACGGUGGUGGGAUUUAAGGAACUUCGAUUCCACCCUGACUGGGUACGAAGUUUGCUCGAGUUCUAUUCGGUCAAAGUCUACCGCCCAGACAUGAGACCGGUGAUCACCGACCCAGCUGACUGCCUUAUCGACAUCCGACAUAACAUCGAGACGUGUCUCGAGGAGUUGGCUACGACCUGGGGGCUAAAUUGGUUCCGAAUAGGGGGACUGGCUUUACCUGGUCAACCUCAUCCUUUUCCAAACCCCUGA